AUGGACGGUUUCUUGGGAACCUGGAAAAUGGUCUCGAGUGAGGGAUUUGACCAAGUGAUGAUACGCCUGGGUGUGGACUAUCUCACGCGGAAGACCGGGAACGCGAUCAAACCAGUCAUCAAGAUUGAGAGGCAUCCAGACUUGCCGGACACCUUCACUCUGCAGACCAUCAACACUUUUCGCAGCACACUGGUGCAAUUCAAACUAGGCGAGCCCUUUCUCGAGACCACCGUGGACGGCAGGAAGGUGAAAACGGUCAUCACUCUAGAGAAGUCCGAGCACGGCGGCUCCUGGAUCCUGAGGCAGUGUCAGGUUGGAGACAAAGUCGCGGACAUCGAAAGACGCCUUGUUGGCAGCAACGAAAUGCAUGUGGUGAGAAGUCAAUGA